AUGCGGUUUGACUCUAGUGCGAGGACUGCACUGGCAUUUGUUACUCUCAGAGCUGAUGGUGAGCGUGAAUUCAUGUUUUUUCGCAAUCCUAGUGCUGAUAUGCUUCUUCGUGAAUCAGAACUUGAUGUAAACCUCAUUAAGAAGGCUGGAAUCUUCCACUAUGGUUCAAUAAGUUUGAUUGAGGAACCAUGUAGGUCAACUCAGCUAGUUGCAAUGGCAAUUGCCAAAAAAUCUGGUAGUAUCCUCUCAUAUGAUCCAAAUUUGAGAUUACCAUUGUGGCCAUCAGCAAAUGCUGCUCGGAAGGGCAUAAUGUCAAAUGCUGCUCGGAAGGGCAUAAUGUGUAUAUGGGAACAUGCAGAUGUUAUCAAGAUUAGUGAGGAUGAAAUUUCAUUUUUGACUGGAGGUGACGAUCCUUAUGAUGAUGAUGGUGGUGUUAAAGAAGCUUUUUCACCCUAA